CCCCCCAUUCUAACGGAGAUCCCCUUCGCUAUCCUCGCCUUGAUUGAUGCUGUAGCCUCCGCAGCCCCGCCGAAUUCGGUCAUCUCACUGCGGAAGUUCUACCCUUGUUGCCUUCAGAGGCAAAUGGGUUCAUCUAGAGCAAACACCCCACUCGGAGUCCCACUCCGCAGCCUCACUGCCUCGCCCUUUCACACUUCUGCCAACGGGAGCAGUGUAUCACUGGCAUCCGUAAGCUCAGAUUUCAGCUGCUUCCUCUAACGCCCCAUUUUACCGCUCACCUAUUGAUAUGGCUCCUCCUUUAGCCCCCCUCCGCCGUCUACGCACUCCUCACUCCCGAAGAGACAGCUCUGAAGCUCCAAACUUCCCUGAAACAUGGCCUUACCUCAUCUCAGGAUGCUAUAUACCGUCGAUCGAUUCACGGAACCAACGAGCUGCCCCAUGGAGAUGACGAGUCAUUAUAUGUGCGAUUCUUCAAGCAGUUCGUCGAAUCGCCCCUCAUCCUUCUACUCCUCGGGAGUGCGGCGGUUUCUUUCAUGAUGGGAAAUAUGGAGGACGCUAUCAGCAUCACUCUGGCUGUUGUCAUUGUCGUUGCUGUGGGCUUUGUCCAGGAGUACCGAUCGGAAAAAAGCUUGGAGGCCUUGAACAAACUUGUUCCCCACUUCGCGCAUCUGGUCCGGGGUAGGCCCGCGGACGGAGAAUCCGGAUCGCCCGCUUCCUCUACCGUUAUGGCUGGACAAUUGGUGCCGGGUGAUCUCGUGAUAUUCUCAACCGGGGAUCGAGUUCCAGCGGAUAUCCGCAUCACCCAGGCAUCCGGUUUGGAAAUUGAUGAGUCCAACUUGACCGGCGAGAAUGAGCCCGUGAAGAAAACGGUGGGAGCCGUUGCCCCACGGGAUGCGCUUAAUCCUACUCUGUCGGACAUUGCCGUGUCCGAAAGGACAUGCAUUGCAUUCAUGGGAACGCUAGUACGCAGCGGCAACGGUCAAGGAAUAGUAAUUGCUACUGGUUCCAAAACUGAGUUCGGUACGAUUACAGCUAUGCUUGCUGGAAUAAGCAAACCUAAAACUCCUCUGCAAAGUUCGAUGGAUAAACUCGGAAAGGAUCUGAGUUAUGCCAGUUUCGGCGUUAUAGGAGUCAUCGUGCUUCUGGGAUUAUGGAAAGGGCGCGGCUGGCUUGACAUGUUCCAAGUGGGAGUUUCUUUGGCAGUUGCGGCCAUACCGGAGGGCUUGCCAAUCAUCGUAACAGUAACGUUAGCUUUGGGAGUGCUGCGGAUGGUACGGCGCGGGGGGAUUGUACGAAGAUUGCCGAGUGUAGAGACCUUAGGAUGCGUUUCCGUUAUUUGCAGCGAUAAAACCGGUAUUACACCUAUGCAUUCGAUGAUUGCAAUGGUCCUCUGACAAGGAGAUAGGCACCCUAACAACGAACCACAUGACUGUCACCCAAUUGUGGACCCCAGAUCUUCCAUUACCAGUUGAAAAAGCUGGUCUCCUUGAGCCCCCCGUCACCAGGGAUACUGCCACAGACUCUGUUAUCCGAAUUGGCAAUUUAUGUAACAAUGCUCGGCUAUCCUCAACAAGUGCUUCAACGGCGGCGGCUGCGGCGAUCGGUAUUACAAACACCAGUGCUAAUUCUCGGUUCGUUGGACAGGCUACCGAUGUUGCUCUGUUAGAUUUAAUGGAUGCUUUCGGGAAUUCCGAUGCGAGGCAACGUACCGAAAGAAUAACAGACGUUCCAUUUUCUUCCGAAAGGAAAUGGAUGGGUGCCGUCGUUCGCGAUGAGGAUGAUGAGCGCAGGCCAUAUAUGAAGGGUGCUGUUGAGCAGGUUCUUCCAAGAUGUGAUGCCUACCUGACGAAGGAGGGAAGAGAGGUUGUUUUAGACGAAAAACAGCGGAAGAGCGCACUGGCGGCUGCUGAGAAAAUGGCAUCGGAAGGGUUACGAGUGCUGGGAUUUGCUCAGGGCUCCCCGAUCUCGGGGAAUCUUGGGUGUGUCGGUGGAAACGACGAUCCCACUUUUAAGGGCCUCACGUUUGUUGGAGCUGUCGGCAUGUCUGAUCCUCCUCGAAGGGGAGUCAAGUCUGCAAUCAGACGAUUGAUGCGUGGCGGGGUGAAAGUAAUGAUGAUUACUGGUGAUUCCGAGACAACUGCGGUUGCGAUCGCAAGGAAGCUUGGAAUGCCGAUCCUUCCCGACAGCCAUGGGCACGGCGGUAUCGUGCGGCCCGUUUUGAAAGGUGAGGACCUAGAUGCUAUGACAGACGCUCAGCUUGCACAGGCAAUUGCCACUACGACGAUCUUUGCCCGCACUUCGCCGGAACACAAGGUGAAAAUCGUUCGCGCGCUCCAGUCGCGGGGAGAAGUCGUAGCCAUGACUGGUGACGGGGUUAACGAUGCCCCUGCGCUUAAAAUGGCAGAUAUCGGCAUCAGCAUGGGAUUGCAUGGAACUGAUGUGGCUAAAGAGGCGGCCGAUAUGAUUCUAAGCAACGACGACUUUUCCACCAUUCUCGCUGCCAUUGAAGAAGGCAAAGGAAUCUUUUACAACAUUCAAAAUUUCUUAACCUUUCAACUCAGCACCAGCAUCGCUGCCUUGAGCUUGGUUCUUUUAUGUACAUUUGCUGACUUACCCAACCCAUUAAACCCCAUGCAAAUUUUAUGGAUAAGUAGGGCUCACGUUCUCUAUACAUGACAUACGCUCCUGCAUUGUACCUAUUACUGACCGCCGUCCCUCUCUUCUGAGCAGACAUUCUGAUGGAUGGCCCCCCUGCACAAUCCCUAGGAGUAGAACCGGUAGACCCCGCCGUGAUGACGCGGCCGCCGCGUUCACGCAGCGAGCAAAUAUUAACCAGACCCGUCCUCUUGCGAAUCUCCACCUCUGCGCUAACUAUUCUACUCGGCACAAUACUUGUUUACGUCCUGGAAAUGCAUGAUGGUGUUGUCACGGCCCGCGAUACCACCAUGACCUUCACCUGUUUUGUUCUGUUCGACAUGGCACUCGCGUUGUCCUGUCGCUCCGAAUCGAAAUCUAUAUUGAGGGGCGAAAUCAAGAUUUUCGGAAAUAAAAUGUUCAAUUACGCCGUUGUCGGAUGUCUUGUCGGACAGCUAGCCGUUAUUUACGUUCCCGGCCUACAGAAUAUAUUCCAGACAGAAACUUUGUCGUUUAAGGAUUUGGGGAUUUUAUUAGCCAUCGCUAGUUCGGUGUUUUGGGUCGAGGAGGGGAGGAAGUGGAUGCAGAGAAGGAGGGAGUUUACUGGCGGGUAUAGUGGGAAUGUCUGAUUGGUUUUAGAAUAGGUGUGUUAUCCGCCCCCAUGGACGCCGCGCCUGACCCGCCUGGAAGUAUCCUGAUUGGGCAAAAACAGAAUUAUAAUAAGCCAUCGCAAGAAUACUCUGCCUACUAGUUUCUUCCCAGGGGAUUUUCUUCCCUUUUCUCUUCCAUAAAGCUCUGAUGGAUAUUUGGGUUUUUUCCUCUUUCUUUCGGGGUCUGUAAAGAUGGUGUAAAGUUUGGGCGUCUGUCGUUUUAUAAAAGGAAUGUGAGAAACGGAAUCCCCCCCGCAACCUUCCUUUAUCCAUCUAUACCAUUUUCUCUUACUCUCUUUCUGUUUCGAUUGUAUGAUUAUUAUUUAGGCGGAUGUGAGACGGGGGAGCGGGAGAGUCAUUUUCGGUAGGCGGCAAGAUACCUGUAAAAGUUUACGAUUAUGAGAUGAGUUUCUGUGGU